AACCUCCUCCCGAUAGGUCCAGGCAGAGAUGGAAAAAACAACAACAACGAGUGCUUUAAAAAGAUGCACAAUGUUCCGUCCAUCAGUAACAUCUGGUCAUCAGACCGGUGCUACUGUGACAGUCUCCGCUUUGCCGACGCACACUUUCUCCAUCUCCGGGGAGGACAGAAAUCAAAGUUCUUAAUUCUUUCUUGUAGCUUCAGCCAAAAACACGAAAAUGCCCAGCAAAAGGAAGAAGAACAAGCGCCGCAUGAGGAGGGUGCAGGCCCAGAGGAAAGUCCUUGAGGAGCAGCAUGUUGCUGGCACUGGCAAAGGGACCCCAGGAGUGGCUGCUGUGGCGGCCCCCCCUGUUAAAGUCAAAGAAGUGGCAAAGUGUCCAAAGCUUGUCCCCAUACAGACUCGAGUAGUAAACGUCCCCAUUGUAGCGCUGCUGGCCCCAGUCGAGGUACCGGAGCCUAAACCUAUGGUGGCGGCGUUAGAGGCUGAAGUGGUGGCAGCAGAGGUUGAAGUUGAGGUGCCAGUCGAAGCUUCAGUAGAGGCUGAAGAAGCCACAUUGGAGGUUGAAGCCCCAAUUGAAACCCCAGAUGUGGUCGACGGCCCAGUUGAAGCCCCAGAAGAAGUCCCAGUUGUAGAAGUCCCAGUAGAAACUGCAGUGGGGCCACCUACAGAAGAAACUGCAGCGGGGCCACCUACAGAAGAAACUGCAGCGGGGCCACCUACAGAAGAAACUGCAGUGGGGCCACCUACAGAAGAAACUGCAGUGGGGCCACCUACAGAAGAAACUGCAGCAGUGCAGGAGGUUGAAGAAAGCUUCAUUCCAAAGACGGAGCUAGUAAUGGAGGCCGCAUCCAUCCCUGAGGCUCCCGUGUCAGCUCCUGACCAAUUUGAGACACAUGACGAGCCGUUGAUGAAGGCCGGAGUGGAGGCUGAAAUAGUUGCCACGGUCCAAGCGGAGGUCGAGGCAGUAGUCGAGCCAGAAUCCGGGCCCGUGGUCGAGGCCGUAGCUGCCCCAGUAGUAGAAACUGAAGAGGUGGUGAUCGACACAGAGGACAGUCCUGAGGUUGAAGCUGAGGUCAUUCCUAUGGCCAACGCAGAUGCCAGUCCUGAAGAAGUUGAAGUAGAGGAGGCCCCAGUCGUCACAGAGGAUGAGCCUGUCAUGACAGAGGCACCUGAAGAGGUUCCAGUUGAAACAGAAAUUAUCCCAGAAACGCUGUCGGAGCCCGUGGUAGCCCCAGUUCAUGAAGCCCCCGUAGCCAACGUCGCUCCCUCAGAGCCCCUUGUAGAGGCCCCAGUAGAACCUGUCAUCGAUACAGUGGCCGACAACUUUAUCAUCACAGAAUCUGUCCCCACUCUGGAGGCAGCCAUGGCUGAGCCCGCCAUUGAGGAGCAGGUGCCCGCAGUCCCAACAGAUUCACUUGAGGUCCUAUCGGAGUCGCUGAACAACGUCCCCCCAGUAUCUGAGCCCGCCCCUGUUACAGCUGAUAAAGUCAUCGCCGCUAAAGAGGGAAUUGAAGCCCAGAUGGAAAUCGAAUCCAAAAAGGACGCCAUGGAUGAGAAUACUGCCCUGGAUGUCCUCUCUGGACAUUUCUCAGCCCCCCAGCCUGUCAUCUCAGAACUGCAGUGUCACACGCAGCUCGCCUCUGCGCCCGUAGAGCUCGCCUCCGUGGAUAUCCCAGCAGAGGCAGCAUUGAAUGGACAUACUGCAACUGAGGUGACCAUUGAGGGAUAGAUCUCUGCAGAUUUCCUCAGUCAGUAUGGAGGACUGAAGAGAGCCUCACGGGGAGCCGACCAGCAAAUUUUACUUUUCAAUAUUUAGGGCUUCAAGGGACCGCGGGAAUUUAUUAACAUCCAACACUCAGUGCCUUUCCUGCUUAGGUUCUCACCAAAAGAAAAUCAAACAAACAAAUUUGAAUGCGGCAUCAAGGCGGGGGAAUAAGAGUCUUUGGAUCAGAAUGUGAAUAUUUGGAAUGAACAAAUUAUGGCUUCUUUCAUAGAUUUUCUGUAUCGUAAUGCAUGUAUUGUGGAUUUGCAUCGAUUGUAAAUGGCAUACAUUGUGUAUGGAUACUGUAAAGUUAAUGAAUGUGGAAAUGACUUG